AUGUCGUAUUACUUCGCGAUUAUUGGGACGCAGGAUAAUCCACUGUUCGAGUACGAGUUCGGAACAUCAAAGCAGGGUGGAGAUGGUAUCGCGCGGUUUGCAGAGCAGGCACGGCAUGUAAAUCAGUUCAUCGUCCACAGCAGCUUGGAUAUUGUGGAGGAGGUACAAUGGGGGAGUGGACAGAUGUAUCUCAAGUGCAUUGAUCGCUUCUACAACAACUACGUUUCCUGCUUCAUCACAGGUGGAAACGUCAAAUUUCUUCUGCUUCAUGCCCCAUCACAGCCUGCUACUACGACUACCAGCCGAGCAAGUACUUCUAUCGCCGCAAACCCGACCUCGCCACAAACAGAGGAAGCAAUUAAACAGUUUUUUGGGGAAGUGUACGAGAAUUGGGUUAAGACCAUCAUGAACCCUUUCUACCAGGUCAACAUGGAAGUGAAGAGUCCGAUUUUCAGGAGUCGGGUGGCUGCAGCAGGAAAGAAGUAUUUGUGA